AUGCCUCUCACAGCCUUCACACUGCACGAGCUUGUCCUUCGACGAGUUGAGGUCGACAACCUGACCCUACCAAUCCUAGCCAUCAACAGCGUCGUGUAUGCGAUCCUUAUUCACUAUACAGGCGUCCUCUACGCGACGGAAGUUGCUUUAGCACUUUGGUUGCCACUAUGGACAUAUAUUGGAGCAUAUCGCGCGUUCUUUCACCCUCUUUCGAGCUACCCAGGACCAUUAGGGGCGAGGAUCUCUAAAUGGUACGCCGUCAAGAAGGUAAUCGAAACCCAAUGGCACUGGCACAGGGUACAACAGGAUUUACAAAAACAAUAUGGAGACUAUGUGCGGACUGGUCCGAGAGAGCUAUCCAUUUUUGAUCCGGACGCGGUGCAGGUGCUUCUGGGUUUCCAAUCGAAAACCAGCAAAGGGCCAUUCUACGACGUGAUGGAAAAGUCACUACACCUGAACCGUGACAAGCCAUGGCACCGCCAGAGAAGGAAGAUCUGGGACAAUGCAAUGAAGACCUCCCUGUCAGACUUCGCGCCGCGUGUCGAGGAAAUGUGCGAUCAACUGCUCGCUCGACUGAGGCAGGCUGAUGAGAAACCAGUACUUCUCCUCGAGACGAUGACAUACUUCAGCUACGACACUAUGUCUGCACUUGCUUUCGGUAAGCCGAUGGGCUUCACCACAGGCGAGUCGAGCAAGAUAGCAGAUAGUAUUCUGAACACCUUCACACAAGGGCUGAGCGCGAUGGGCAUUAUGUACCACAUGCCCUGGCUAAUGAACGCGCUUGGAAUACUCACCUCACUCGCCGGCCCCUUGAGAGAUUGGACAGAUUGGAGCAUCAGCCAGAUGAAAGCUCGCAUGGCACUCAAAGACGCCCCCUCGGAUCUGAUUGGGGAGUUAAUCAAGCAUACACCUGACGGCGAUGCAGGUCAGGCCUUGCUCUACGGUGAAUCACGUCUCAUCAUUAGCGCAGGCAGCGAAACCACCUCUACGGCCCUUACAUUCAUAUUCAUGCAGCUCGCCACACAUCCGCAAUAUACAGACGCCAUCCGCGCCGAGCACUGUGCCAAUGCUUCCACCUACCACUGCGCUCGCUCCCUUCCCCUGCUCGACAGCGUCAUCAACGAAUCAAUGCGGCUUUGGCCGUCAGUCUUCUUCGCAUCUCAGCGCGUCACGCCUCCCGAGGGUCUUACCAUCAACGGACACUUCAUCCCUGGGAACACAAUUGUGCAGAUACCUCCUUUCGUGCUCAACCGUGAUGCUCGUAAUUUCGUCGAUCCGGAUUCAUUCGUGCCGGAAAGGUGGACGUCGAGACCGGAGAUGGUGAUGAACAAAGCUGCGUUCCUGCCGUUCUCGACAGGGUCGUAUAGUUGUGCGGGGAAGAAUUUGGCAUGGAUGGAGUUGAGAAGUGUAGUGGGUAGGGUAGUAAAUGAGUUUGAUGUGCGGCUGCCGGAGGAGUUUGUAGAGGAAACGUAUUGGGAGGGUAUUAGGGAACAUUUCACAGCGGGACCCCCAAGGCAGGAAGUCAGGUUCAUUAGAGUGGGUGAAUAG